CUCUCCUCGCCAGCAUUCAGCGGUGUCCCUCUUCACAUCGUUCUGUACCUUUUCUGCCUUAAUUCUGCUUUUUAGUGCUCUGGGUAGUUUCUUCAGGAGGAGCAGAAGUAUGGGUCCCGUAGAGCUUCUCCACAUGUCCGUGUUCUCUCAGAGUUUCUCUCCUUGUGGUCGAUUCCUGGCAGCUGGAAACAACUAUGGAGAGAUCGCCCUCUUCAGCCUCUCUGCAGCUCUGAGCCCAGAUGCUACUAGCUUGAGUCAGAAACCUGUCCUUACAUUCACAGCUCAUGAGGGUCCGGUGUUCUCUCUUCUCUCCACGGACUGUCACCUCAUCAGCGCAGGAAACGGGGAGAUCAGCGCCUGGAGCUGGACUGAGCUAAUCAAGAAGAAUGUCAAACCACUGUGGACAAAAAGACCAAACUACAAAUCCAGUCUAGAGAUCCCUGAGAUCAAUGCCAUGAUCAUGAACCCCAGAGACAACAGUCUGGUUGUCGGAGGUGGGGACAACAACAUCCACAUUCUGGACCUGGAGCAUGGAGUCUUCAAAUCAGUGCUGCAGGGCCACUCAGACUACGUCCACUGUGUGAGCGUGAGAGAGAGGGAGGCAGAGAUCCUGUCUGGAGGAGAGGACGGAGCCGUGAGAAUUUGGGACAGCCGGACGGGUCAGUGUGUUCACUGCAUCGAGGUGUACAGAUACGAGAGCUGUGCUAGACCUCAGUACGGGAAAUGGAUCAGCUGUGUGACAACCGACUCAGACUGGAUGUUGUGCGGCGGAGGUCCAUCUCUGUCUCUGUGGCAUCUCCGCUCUCUGUCUCCUACCUCCAUCUUCCCCCUAAAAGGCUGCCAGAGACAGGCCACCUUCCACCAGGACAUGAUCCUGUCUGUAGGUGAAGGCCCGUUUGUGUCUCACUGUCUGCUGGGCGGAGACGUCAAAGCUCAGAUCCCCUGCACGCCGCAGAGCCUGAACACGCUGCAGCUCAACACCAACAGCACCGAGCACAGGGUUCUGACGGUGGGCGGUAGCAGCAAUCGCAUCGAUGUGUUUACGAACCUGUCAUACAGAGCGUUCUCACUCAGCUUCUGAAUCACAGUGAACCAUGUUUCUGUCAGUAUUUUCACUGAUUUUAGUAACUUUAGCCACAGCUUUUGUAUUUUUAAGUCUGAAGGUAAUAAAAUA